CUGUCUUUUUCACGUCAGUCAGUACUAACUACACUCGCACUUGUCUCGAUUCAAAUCAACAAAACAAACUUAUCCACUACAGUUGAAUUUUCGUAUGAAAGUAAUAAAAUAAAAAAAAGUUAAUGUAAUAAAACCAAUAAACUCGUACCAUUAUCGUAAAAUACUUUGGCUCAAACUUUUCCAACAAUGGCCACCAAGCCCAUCAAGACCAUCGAGUCCAGCAUGAAGCUUCCCUCCUUCAACGGCAACCAGGAGGACUGGGAGUCCUUCAAGGAGAUCUUCGAAGAGCUCGUGGUGGAGAACAGCAACGUGUCGGCGAUCGAAGCCUUCCGUCACCUGAUCAAUUGUUUGGGCGGCGAAGCCUCCGAGGCGAUCAGAGGCAUCCAAGUGAUGGGCGACAACUUCCUGCUCGCCUGGAACACCCUGCAGUACCGCUACGCCAAUAAAAACCUGCGACUCAGGCACCACCUGCGAACCCUCAACGAUUUGCCUCGGAUGGAUUUGGAUACUAGUGGCAGCUUGCAGUACUCGCUGAACGUCGAUCGCAGCAGCAGAUCCGCCCUCGAGGAUCUUAAGUGCCCCGUGCAGCAUUGGGGCAGUGUCCUCAUCUUCUUUGUCGAGAACAAGCUCUCGCUCGAGCUGCGCUCCGAGUGGUGGGCGGCGGUCGGCAAUAAGAAGAACGACGACUUUCCGACCUUUGAGGAGUUUGAGCUGUUUUUGGAGAAAAAGAUACUCAAGUGUGCCGCCGUUGAGCAGGUUGAUGCUCCAGCCGACAAUGGUGUAUGA